AUGGUUGUACGAAUAGUGAUAUCUAACUCACCUUGUAACGUAAACUCUCUGUCAGUGUCUCGCUAUCAUCUUUUAGAAAAAUGCCACCGAUCUAAACUCGGCAUAGCUGCUAAAGCGAACUUUACUUCUUUAGCCAGUUGUUUAAGAUUCGGUAUUGAAAAGAGAGGCUUGGCUUUAAACUAUAGUCCACCAGAAGCAUGGGAAGAAAGCAAAGAGGAUUUGCAAUAUACCUGUGAAGUUUUCAAGUGUGCGGAAACGGAUGGUGGAUUAUCUUUGGUGAACGAUACUAGAUAUGACUACUACAGUCUUUAUGGGAAACCUUUACCUCACGUGAACUCAACCUGUGUCCCAGCAACGGGUAUGUUCUUCCUCGUCACAAAGAAACUAAAUUAUACUCUAGCAUUUCGAGAGUGUAAGAAUAUAACAGCAGUACCAGCUGAUAUUACCAGCGAACAGCGGACUGAUGCGCUUGCGCAGCUGUUGGCAGGAGCAAGCGUUGAUGCUGCGUUCGUGGGACUCAGAAGUAAAAAUAGCAGUACUUUCGUAACUUCUAAUGGGAAUGGGCUGGAUUGUAUCACUUAUCGAGCUUGGGCUCCUGGCCAUCCCAGGAGAUACCGUAACAAGUUUGAUUGUGUCGUCAUCACGCGUCAUCGUACCUGGCUAUCCACAUCGUGCAAGAAAAGUUAUCCUGUACUAUGUGAAUUGAUCCCUGGUGGUCCAUAUAAGAGAGGAUCAAUAUUUAUUUCGAGAAAUCAAAAAAAUAACGGUAAAAGUCAAUUUACCGAAGAAGAGCUUCAAGAUUACGAGGAUCUCACUUAUUUUACGAAGAAGGAAGUGUUGUAUGCACACCAGAAAUUCAAAGCCUUAGCGCCCGAGAAAGUUGGUCACAACAAAAAUGCUAAACUGCCAAUGGCUAAGAUCCUACAGUAUCCAGAACUAAGAGUAAAUCCCUUUAGAGACAGAAUAUGUAAAGUGUUCAGUUCAAGUAACGACGGAGACUGCACCUUUGAGGACUUUCUUGAUAUGAUGUCAGUGUUCAGUGAGAUGGCACCUAAAGCUGUGAAAGCAGAACAUGCUUUUAGGAUAUUUGAUUUUGAUGGUGAUGACAUGAUUGGUGUAUCAGACUUGCGUGAGGUUAUUGAACGGCUUUGUGGACCAGAACUAAAGCUUAGCGACUCUGAAAUCCAGCAGUUAGUACAGAAUGUACUAGAAGAAGCGGACCUAGAUGACGAUGGUGCACUUUCCUUUGCUGAAUUUGAACAUAUCAUAGACAAGAGUUCUGAUUUUUGCCAUGCAUUUCGAAUACGACUGUGA